AUGGACAUGCCGGAGAACCCAGAAUCCAAAUCCCACCACAAUGCACUUCCUGUGAGUAGAAUUGAGAAGGAUGGUUUAUCCAAGUCGCAAAUCAACACCGCCGGCCCCAAAAUAGAUGGCAAUGCACCAAACAAUGUCAGAGAGACUCUUUUCAUGAUUGCGAUCACCUUGACCCAACUGGUUCAGAUGAUUCCACUCGGUGCCGAUGUCCAGUCUGUGUGGAUUGUUGCAUCGUACGCUUUGACCCAAGGAGCGUUCGUUCUCAUCGAUGGCCGCCUGGGAGCUGUAUAUGUUCAUAAGAAUAUAUUCUCAAUUGGUUGUAUCUGGUGGGUUGUUUGGGCCCUGUGUGGAGGAUUCGCAGACAACUUGGUGUCCAUGUGCUUCAUGAGAGGGCUGUGUGGAGUUGGCGGCGGUCUGAUGAUUCCGAACAUUGUGGCAUUGCUAGGCAUCACCUUCCCACCUGGAAGGAAGCGGAACCUUGGCUUCGCACUAUUCGGGGCAAUGGCGCCUGUCGGUGCGGCGGGUGGUUCUCUGGUCUCUGCAGUUAUCGUCUAG